GGACGCGGGGACACGGGCCAGAGCCGGCAGCCCCACAGACCAGAGCGAGCCUGAACCGUGAGCAGAGGGUGCCGACCAACCCCCAGGAUGGCGGAAGCACACCAGGCGGUGGCCUUCCAGUUCACAGUGACCCCAGACGGGGUCGACUUCCGGCUCAGUAGAGAGGCCCUGAAACACAUCUACCUGUCUGGCAUCAACUCCUGGAAGAAACGCCUGAUUCGGAUCAAGAAUGGAAUCCUCAGGGGUGUGUACCCAGGCAGCCCCACCGGGUGGAUGGUCGUUGUCAUGGCAACCGUGGGGUCCUCCUUCUGCAACGUGGACCUCUCCAUGGGUCUGGUCUGUAGGAUCCAGAAAUGUCUCCCUGAAGGAUGCAGCCCCUACCAGACCCCGCAGACCAAGGCCCUGCUCAGCAUGGCCAUCUUCGCCACGGGUGCCUGGGCCACUGGCAUCUUCUUCCUGCGGCAAACCCUGAAGCUGCUGCUCUCCUACCAUGGCUGGAUUUUUGAGAUGCAUGGCCAGACCAGCCAUGUUACCAGGGUCUGGGCGAUCUGUGUCCGCCUCCUGUCCAGCCGGCGGCCCAUGCUCUACAGCUUCCAGACAUCCCUGCCAACGCUCCCUGUGCCCAGCGUGCCAGCCACCAUCCAGAGGUACCUGGAGUCGGUGAAGCCCUUGUUGAAUGAGGAGCAAUUCUACCGCAUGGAGAUGCUGGCCAAGGAAUUCCAGGACAAGACUGCCCCUCGGUUGCAGAAGUACCUGGUGCUCAAGUCUUGGUGGGCUACCAACUACGUGAGUGACUGGUGGGAAGAAUACAUUUACCUUCGAGGCAGGAGUCCCCUCAUGGUGAACAGCAACUACUAUGUCAUGGACUUUGUGCUUAUCAAACCCACGGAGGUGCAGGCCGCCCGCCUGGGGAACAUCGUCCACUCUAUGAUCUUGUAUCGCCGUAAACUGGAUCGAGAAGAGAUCAAGCCCAUGAUGGCGAUGGGCAUUGUGCCCAUGUGCUCCUACCAGAUGGAGAGGAUGUUCAACACCACCCGGAUACCGGGCAAGGAGACAGACCUGCUGCAGCACCUGGGCGACAGCAGGCACGUGGCGGUCUACCACAAGGGCCGCUUCUUCAAGGUGUGGCUGUACAAGGGCUCCCAGCUGCUCCAGCCCUGCGACCUGGAGAUGCAGUUCCAGCGUAUCCUGGAUGACAGCUCCCCACCACAGCCCGGGGAGGAGAAGCUGGCGGCACUGACAGCUGGUGGAAGGGUGGACUGGGCUGAGGCCCGCCAGGCCUUCUUCAGCCGUGGCAAGAACAAGGCCGCCCUGGAGACUGUGGAGCGGGCAGCCUUCUUUGUGACCCUGGACGAGGAGUCCCACGCCUACGAUCCUGAGGAUGAGGCCAGCCUCAGUCUCUAUGGCAAGGCCCUUCUGCAUGGCAGCUGCUACAACAGGUGGUUCGACAAGUCCUUCACACUCAUCGCCUUCAAGAAUGGCCAGCUGGGCCUCAACACGGAGCACGCAUGGGCAGAUGCCCCCAUCAUCGGGCACCUCUGGGAGUUUGUAUUGGCUACCGACACCUUCCAUCUGGGCUACACGGAGACUGGUCACUGUCUGGGCCAACCGAACCCCACGCUAGCACCACCUCAGCGGCUGCAGUGGGACAUUCCUGAGCAGUGCCAGACGGCCAUCGAGCGCUCCUACCAGGUGGCCAAGGCCUUGGCUGACGACGUGGAGCUAUACUGCUUCCAGUUCAUGCCCUUUGGCAAAGGCCUCAUCAAGAAGUGCCGCACCAGCCCCGAUGCCUUCGUGCAGAUCUCCCUGCAGCUGGCCCACUUCCGGGACAGGGGCAAGUUUUGUCUGACCUAUGAGGCCUCAAUGACCAGAAUGUUCCGGGAGGGACGGACUGAGACCGUGAGGUCCUGUACCAGCGAGUCCUCCGCCUUCGUGCAGGCCAUGAUGGAUGGUCACCACAUGAAAGCAGACCUCCAAGACCUCUUCCGGAAGGCGUCAGAGAAGCACCAGAACAUGUACCGCCUGGCCAUGACAGGGGCCGGCAUCGACCGACACCUAUUCUGCCUCUACCUGGUCUCCAAGUAUCUGGGGGUCACAUCCCCUUUCCUGGCUGAGGUGCUCUCAGAACCCUGGUGCCUCUCCACCAGCCAGAUAGCUCAAUUCCAGAUCUGCAUGUUCGACCCCAACAAGUACCCCAAUCACCUGGGGGCCGGAGGGGGCUUUGGCCCAGUCGCCGACGAUGGCUAUGGGGUGUCUUACAUGAUUGCCGGCGAAAACACCAUCUUCUUCCACGUCUCCAGCAAGUUCUCAAGCUCGGAAACAAAUGCCCAGCGUUUUGGGAACCACAUCCGCCAAGCUCUGUUGGACAUCGCAGACCUUUUCCAAGUCCCUGAGGCUGCUCGCUGAGGGCCAAGGUGUGGCCAGCCACCCCUCUCACCAAUGCUGGCCGGCCUGCGGCACCCUGGUGGUCAGCAGCGUCCCAGGCUCAGAAAGACAGCCCUCUGGCUGGAUGCUGUUUCCGAGGACUGAGGUGCUGGGGGUGAGGUUGGAGCCGGGAUGGACUUUAACAUUUUCUCGGUAGAUGUUAAUAAAAAUAAGGCUGUGUAAUCUCUUA